AUGGCAGAAAGUAAGCUUGCUUCCAAUAUAGAUAGUGGUAAUGGUUCCAAUGUACCACAAGAGACACUGAAAGUUCCCGAUGUGAGAUUAGAACAAUCUUUUAAUAAUGCGUUGCAAAAAGAAGCUGAGAAGCAAAGAGUAGCUAAAUUGAAGAAAGAAGGUUUAGAUGAUUCGAAGAUUUUACAAAUACAAAAAAAUGAACCUGCAACAGUUACCAAAUACAUUGUAUGGAAAGUGAUCUUGAGAGAUAUGAUCUUGAUGCCUUUUAUACAGGGUGCUCUCUUUACUGGGUUACUUAUGGCCGUUAAACCAUGGUUAAGAGGUGUUGUUGGCAAUGGAAGAAGAUUUGGGUCAUAUAUAUAUAAACUUGUUUUAGGUAAAGAUUUAGUUAAACCAAAAGACCAUUAA